AGCCGCGAACAUCGAUCCCGCGCUGUCUGGACGGAGAGAACCUUCAGAAACUGCCCCAGCUCGCUGCCAUUCAUCACAACAACUGUAUGUACAUUGCCCACCACUUGCUGACCCUGGGGCAUCAGUUCCGGUACCGCCUUACCAACAUACUGUAUGAUGGAGCAGCUACUUUCGUAGAUCUGGUACCUGGCUUUAGGAGACUUGGGAUGGAGUGUUUUCUGGCCCAGAUGCGUGUGCAGAAAGGAGACCUGCUGGAGAGAUUGUCAAGUGCAAGGAAUUUUUCCAACAUGGACAAUGAGGAAAACUGUUCUGCAGCCAACAAAGCAGCAAGGCAGGUUCUGCACCAGCUAAAGAGACUUGGCAAAGUAUGGCAAGAUGUGCUUCCGGUCAACAUCUACUGCAAGGCCAUGGGGACCUUACUGAACACAGCACUCAGCGAGAUUAUUAAUAGAAUCACUGCCCUAGAGGAUAUCUCUGUUGAGGAUGCCGACAGAUUGCACUCCCUGUGCAGGAUCAUGCUGGAAGAAGGACCUUUGGUGUUCACUCCAUUACUGGAAGAGAACAAAAAUAAGAAAUACCAAGAGGAGGUUCCAGUCUAUGUGCAGAAAUGGAUGAUGUUCAAAGAGCUGAUGAUUAUACUGCAGGCCAAUCUCCAAGAAAUAGUAGAUCGAUGGGUGGAUGGCAAAGGGCCCCUUGCAGCUGAAUUCUCCCCCACUGAGGUAAAGAGUUUAAUCCGAGCCUUGUUCCAGAACACAGAGAGGAGAGCAGCGGCCCUUGCGAAAAUUAAAUAGCCUUGCAUUUACUCCUGUGCAAUAGACCUUUUCCUGGGAAAGCAACAGUAAAUCUGGCGUCAAACUCUUAUUUGGAUUUAACCCUUUUUUCUAAUCAGUUUAGCUUUAUGAAAGCACUUCCUAAAGGCCUGGCCAAUGGGAAAAAAACUUCAUCCACUCAGCCUCUAUACAAUAAAUGUAGCAAUUUUAUGCAGCUUGGCCUCCAAAAGCAAAGGAGAGCAACUCCUUGGCACUAGCCAGUGCUACUUCGUCCACUACCCAGAGAAGUGCUGUGCUGUAAAACUCUGGCUCCUGACAUGUAGUCUACCAGCCCGGACCCAUUUCGGGCAAUACGGGGUAAGUUAUCAACUAGACAAAUUUCAUUGCUAUCCUGUUAAGCACUUUUGUGGAGUUCAUCAUUGUGGUGGUGGUAGAUUCCGGAAGCGGCGCAGUUUUUCUAGGUCAUACAAUGUUUAAAUGGGACUGGGCACCAAAUCUGUAAACAUCUGAAAAUCACAAGAAGGGCCGUAACUCAGAUGCAUAGUUUAAUUUUGACCAAAACCGUCAGUCUUCUAAACACAAAUCGUACUGGUUUGGGAGGUUUGGGAAACAUUUAGCCCCAGGUGAUCAGUUUUAUGCAAGUUCCUGUACUCUUUUACCUUUGGUUAAAGCAAGUCUGUAGUCACACGACAGUAAGAGCUUGUUUGUACCAUAUAUCGCAUCGAAAUAUUUGUCAUUAUCUGUAGAAUAGACUGCUCUGAGAUGUUUUUUCUGUCUGCUAUUUUUAUUAAGUUAUACAGAUGACAAGAUCCCACCCUCCAAUUAUAAAACAGAGAUUUAUGAUGUUCUCUGCUCGACCAGAGACAUAAGCCUAAAGCACACAUGGUACACAUAUAAUUUCAAGAAUAAUACAUGUGAACUCCUUACAGAGCAGUAAUGAUCUUAGUAGAAGGGCUGUAGAGCGUGUUGUAUGAAUGUGACGUGUGAAUACCAAAGUAUAGCCAUGUGCUGUCAAUGUAACCCCUGCAUCUAACGAUGGGCUCUUGAAUGCCUAAUGCGGCUCCCCUUCGAGCUAUAUUUACUCACAAACAUAGUCUCAGUAAUUUUCAGAGAGCUGAAACAUUUCUGCUCCGCCCCCACCCCCAGAGUCUCCACCGUGUUCAAUACUCUGCUGCUACACUCGUCCCUGUCACAGCUGCGUGCAUGGGAGCACAGCAAAUCUUCCCGGAGGCGGUCCCAUUUCCUUGUUGCACGGGGGCUCUCACAGCCACACUGCACAAAGGGAAGUUGGCUUUUGGAGCCACCGGCAGCACCACCAUGGUAGGGAUGAGACGUCCCCUGCUGUCUGUCACCCACAGGGAGUGCCCUAAUGAUUGGGUCUGGGGCUGCUCAAUACUGCCUGUUGAAGCUG